GUCAUUCAACUUCCGAUAGGGAAAACACUUUCGAUAUAAUCGAAACUUGUAGAAAUAGCCAAGGAAAGUUUUAUUUUAUUAAAAAACCUAAAUUCCGGAAUGAAAAUUGAAAGAGAAAGCGAAAAUAAAAAUUCUAGCAAAAUAUCUAAACUUUCAAAAAGAAAGAAACACGUGGGAAGCUAUUUCAUAAUGAGUAGAUUAGAAACUGCUAUACUUCAUUUUGUAGAAGCUAUUGUCUAAUCGCUAAAAUAAUAAAGAGAACGGUAAAUACGUCUCUUCUAUAUAUCUAAUACAAAUGUAUUACUUAUUAAAUCACUAUUUUAAUCUUAAUCUUUGUUCUUUAUUACCAGUUUUCUUUUUCCAUAGAAAUUCAUUAAUUGCGUCUUAAAUGUUGACUAACUUAAACACUGGGUUAAGAGAUAAUACGUUGACCUCUUUUCUCAUUUGUCUACAUAUGCAUCUCUAUUUUAUAUACAGGUUAAUGGUGAGGAAGUGAACGCUAAUGAUAAGAAGAGAAAGAAGAAAUUGGAAAAUGGGAAUGAUAAGGAUAAUGGUAAUCAUAAUCAUGCAGAGGAAGACGUAGAUAAUAGCUUAUCAAUUGAAGAGAAAGAAGGAGAUUUUGACAAUUUUUCAAUAUGUCCUGAUACAAAGAACAAGCUUAGGAGUUUGGGUAUUAAAUAUCUCUUUCCAAUACAAGUAAAAACCUUUGACAUUGUCUACGACGGUAAUGACGUCAUUGCUCAAUCUAGAACAGGAAGUGGAAAAACUUUUUCCUUUGCUUUACCUUUAGUCGAACGUCUUGAGCCUUCUUCUAAAAGGGGUAGAUGUCCUAGGAUAUUAGUUAUGGUCCCCACUAGGGAAUUAGCAAAACAGGUUGCUGAUAAUUUUGAGAGUCUUAGCGAUAAUCUUCAAGUAAUGAGUAUAUACGGCGGUGUCCCUUAUGAGAAACAAGAAAGAGAAUUAUCUAGGGGUGUAGAUGUUGUCGUUGGAACUCCUGGUAGAAUAAAAGAUUUGGCUGAAAAGAAGACAUUAAAAUUGCAUGAACUUAAACACGUUGUACUGGACGAAGUAGAUAGGAUGCUUGAUAUGGGAUUUGCUGAUAUCGUUGAGGAAGUUUUAAAAUUUGCCUACGACUUGAAUGACGAAUCUGCAAAAAAUCCACAAACAUUACUCUUUUCCGCAACAACUCCCGAUUGGGUUUACAAAACAGCCAAAAAAUAUAUGACUGACAACUAUAAAGUUGUUGAUAUGGUUGGUAGAAGAGUAAAUAGAACGGCUGAAACUGUGCAACAUUUAGCAAUAAAAUGUAAUUAUUCAGACCGAGCAGCAACCGUUGGUGAUGUUUUACAGUUUUAUAGUGGUGAACACGGAAGGGCUAUGAUUUUCGCUCCAACAAAAAGGGAUGCUGACGAGUUAACCGUAUCGUCUUCAAUACGCCAAGAAUGUCAUGUUCUGCAUGGUGAUAUUCCUCAAGAUAAAAGAGAAAUGGUGUUAGCCGGAUUUCGAGAAGGAAAAUAUAAAGUCCUGAUUACAACAGAUGUAGCAGCCCGUGGAUUAGAUAUACCUGAAGUCGAUUUAGUUAUUCAAUUAGAGCCACCAAAAGAUGUCGACUCGUAUAUUCAUAGAUCAGGAAGAACAGGGAGAGCCGGAAGGUCUGGUGCAUGUGUUUGCUUUUAUAAACCAAGGGCGCUGGCGGAUUUAAGAAUAGUGGAACAGAAAGCAGGGAUUAAGUUUAAGAGGAUAGGAGCUCCAACUUUAAAUGACUUAGUAACGGCGGCAGCCAAGGACGCAGCUAAAUCUUUAGAAAGUGUCGAUGAGGGAGUUUUAGAAAAAUUUAAAGAAGCUGCCACAGGCAUUUUAGAAGAAAAGGAUGCGGUCGAUCAAUUGGCUAGAGCAUUAGCAGUGAUAUCCGGAAUGAAGAAUGUCGAAGAAAGGAGCUUACUGACGUCAGCUAAGGGCUGUCGAACAUAUUAUUUUAAAACAAAUAUGGAAAUAAGAGGACCAGGCUACGUUUUCAUGAGUUUAGAAAGGAGGCUUGGAACAAGUGUUCGGGAGGGAGUACGCGAAAUGAGAUUUACCACUGACAAAAUGGGUUGCGUCUUUGACGUCUCUUCCAAUUUUAUUCAUUACAUCGAAGAGAGAUGGACUGACGGAAAGUAUGACUCUCUCGAAAGAGCAACAGAAUUACCAGAUAUCAUAGAGCCCUCAAAAGAAAGCUACGACAGAGGUCAAGGCGGACGAGGUUUCUCACGAGGAGGUUUUGGAGGAGGCGGUAUGAAUAGGAAUAGAAUGGACAGAAGAGGAGGUGGUGGCGGCGGUGGUUUUGGUAGAAAGAAUGGUAAUUUUCGAUCAGGAAACGGCGGGAAAAGACCUUAUGGCAAUGGUUCAUUUUCAAAUGAUAAUAGGAAUAAGAGGAGAAGAUUUAAUGAUUAAGAAAUUAUAUUUUUAGGUUAAGUUUAUGUAAACAAUAAAAAAUAAUUAAUAAAUAAAAGUUAAUGACAAAAGACGUAUUGAAAGGUAAAUAGACUCAAUUAACGGUGAUAUAGAAUUAAACGCGAAUUGUAAUUAAAGCAGUAUUUGUCUAAUAUAUCGUUUUGAAAAUCUUAUCUAUACUUUAUAAAGCAAUUAGUUUGAUCGUUAAUGAAUACUUAAGGCGAGUCGAAUCUAUUCCUUUUAUAUAAAAAAGGAACAAACAGUUCUUGAUAAAUCAUUCAAAACUCCUACGCUGUUCAGUCUGGUAAACUGUUUCUGUUUCUCUCUUUUCGAUUAUUCAUCAUGCUUCUUCUUAAUGAAACCUUAACGAAUGUGACAAAUAUACAAUAUGUACUUUAUUUACAAUUAGCGACUUAAAAACAAUCAUUAAAAUUAUCUCUUGGUCCUGCCUGCGUAGAUGAUUUAUUGGAA